AUGGAAAUUUCCAGUUCACCAUGGAACGACGGUGGAUACAGCCCCUAUGAGAGAAACAGAGUCGCUGUAUCACCAUUUUCAUCAGCGUUGGAAGGCGAAGAACGAAUAGAAACCUCUCGAUCUUUGGGUGAUCAUUGCUUUGAACCUUUGCCAUACGUGACGAAUUAUCUUUCUAUUUUCGCGCUUUUUGGUAAAGAGAUAUUUGGUGACAAGGGAAAUGUGAGCUCAAGAAAUGAAUAUUUGCUAAAAAAAUACUACUCUUUGAAAAAGCCAUUUGUAUUGCGACAUAAUGGGCAUGCGUUGAAGAAUCCCGACAUGCCACUCCAGAGGAAUGACAUAUUGCAAACCAAUUUCAUGGUUGACAAAUUUCUGAAUCGUACUGUGCGGUCAGUGAAUUUUAAUAAUUUCAAGAUAAUAUCAGAUAUGCAAAGUAAAAGCGGUCGAGGAACAAAGUCAGGCACAAAUCAGAAUCAAAGUGCCGACGCUAUUCAAAAUAUUUGUCUACCAUCUAUACCGUCGGCGUUGCCUUAUUUCCAGUAUUAUAGGAAGCUAUUGACAGUUAAUACCAAAGAAUGGGAUAUUUUAAAACUGCACAGUUUAUGGGUACCAAAGCUAAGGAAGGAUUUUAAAGAUUUUUCGUUGUAUGGUGAUAAAAACUCUUUAAAGCCGAUCGAUAGUCACUAUGAUGAGGAUAAUACCAUGAAGAAAAAUUUAUUUUUUGAAAGAUCUCCAAGUCGACAGACUCUAGAUGGUAAAGGGUGUGCCUCUAAGGGGUAUGACAUUUCUUCCGGUAAUAUGAUUAUCCCAUCCCUAUUUUCUGAAGAUAAGCUGCCGGCUUUAACUUAUCAUUGUUCCGUAGAAUUAAAUGGAAACAUUUACAUAUUUGGGGGAUUGAUGCCAUGCUACAGCUAUGAGGAGGAUGCGCCGAUGCUGAACGAUUUUUUUGUAGACGGAAUAAAGAACUUACCUCCGCCUUUACUACCUCAAGUGAUUAAUAAUCCAUCAAUGGUCAAUAAUCCUCAUCUUUAUGUCGCUUCUAUACCAUCAUGCCGGUUUAGCAAACCUAAAAUGGGGGGUUAUAUACCGCCUCCAUUGCUAUGUGUUCAAGGAUCCAAAUUAACGGACCGACAUAUUUUCUUUUAUGGCGGAUUUGAAAUCAGGACAGAAACCCGUGGUGAUGAAAAUGGGAAGUAUCAUCUCAAGAAAAGAUUAUAUGUGAAUAACACUGGUUACAUACUCGAUAUUAUGUCGUUCAAGUUCACUAAAAUAGAUAUCAUAGUACAACCUUCCAAAUAUAAUGCAUAUCCGACAAUGUCAUCGAGGUUUGGUCACUUACAAAUUUCUAUUGAUAAUCCAAAUAGGAGAGCUAGCGUUCAUUCUUCAAGCAUGAACGAAAUUCAUAAAAUGGGGAGUGCUUCCAUGAAACAAGGUAGCAGCAUCACUUCCGGGCGGCUUGAAAAAGCAGCAGUACUUUCAUCAUUACCUCAUAAUACUGUGCACACGGUUAUAAUAUUUGGUGGUUACAGACAAACCGGUGAUGAUCGUUACGAAGCAAUGAAUGAUUUGUGGAAGAUAGAGAUACCCGUGAUACGUCGCGGUAAAAAAGGUUAUUGUAAGUUUUCAGAGACAGCUAACGCGAUACUACUGACGCCAAGCGAAAAGGACAAAUCGGAUUGGCCCGAAGAAAGAGCCUUUUCUGCCUUUUCUGUUCAUGGGACUUCGUUAAUGGAUAGGAGUUCUCUUGACAUGAGACUAUUGAACAACUUAAAAAACCAUUUUGUUUUAAAACCGUCAUAUAUAUCACAGGAUCGCGUUGUUAGUCCUAAACCGGUUUUCCCCAUGAUGGUUCAUGGCACGCAUCAAGAUCUUUUCAAUAGUGGCUCUGCGGCACAAGAAUCGCCCAAAGCUGGUGCCUCGGCCAGCAGCGCAAGUGCUGCGAGCUUUGAUCCCGAUAUGGACGAUAAUUUGGAAAAUUAUAUAGUCAAUCCAGGGAGAAAAUCGUCAUCUAUUCCAAUGACUGCGAUAGGGAGACAGAGAUUAAUUUUAAGCCAAGAGAAGCCAGUAGGUAAAACUGUUGUAUUGCAUGGUGGGUCUAACGGUCUCAACGUUCUUGAUGAUAUGUGGUUGAUGGACUUAGAGUGUGAGACAUGGACUCCAAUAGAGACAUUUGCAAAGGCAGAUUCGAGCGAAGACGGUGAUGAAAAAUUGGAUAGUGUGAACGUAGGUCUCGUUGGCCACAGAAUGGAAAGUAUUGGACGAAUAUGUGUAUGUAUAGGUGGUAUGGUACAAGAGGAUGUUGACCAAUUUUACUCGGAGAAUGAUGAUGAGCCUCCUCGAAAACGCAAGGUCGAUACAUUACCGUUGGGUGGUAAUUUUUUGAACACAAUUGAUUUAAGCACGCAGUGUUGGGAAGAACAUAAAAUUACUCUGUCCAAGAAGGAAGACGAUGAGGACAGACAAGAUAGCGAAAAUGAAGAUACAAAUUCAAAUAUAGUAGUUGGUGUCGGUGGCACUUCUUUGCAAUGUGACAAAAGUAUUAUUUUGAUUGGCGGAUUGAUAUCUAGACGGAGCAAUGUAAAAGAAAUAUAUUUACAUGGUACCAUAACGAAAAGUAUUUUUCCUAGCGUAAAUCCUAGUGCAUAA